AUGUCCAAGACCCUCGCAGCAAUCAGAGCAGCAGCCAUAGACGGCCGCGUCCACAACCCCUUCUACCGAAAGGACCAACUGCGGAAUCUUCACAGCGCCCUGGCAGACAACGCAGUGCAGAUCCAAGAUGCCAUUGCAAACGAUACAAAACAUCAGCCUGCUGAAAUAAAGGUUGAGUACUGGCUUGCUCUACAGGUCAUUGCUGAGGCCUAUAAUUCAAUCAGUCCCGAGAAGGAGCUUGAGAACGAGUAUUCUGUUACCAAAGGCCGUGAUGAUACCACGAGUCGAGAACCAAUUGGCAUUGUCGUUGUUGAGCCCUCAGCGCAUGCGUUUUUCUAUGGCUUGAUUGCGGCUUUGACCCCGGCUCUUGUGGCGGGCAACUGCAUAGUUGUUCAGACCCAGAAUUCACUACAAGAGACCCCCAAGCUUGUGCUAGGUUUGAUUGAAAAGUCACUAGACAGAGACAUUUUCACAGUCUCCAGCCAAGCAGUUUCAGCUGAAGACAUCAAACUGCCUCACAUCCGCGUCUCACAAAAUGGUUCAAAUGACCCAAUUCUUCAGAACCAUCUAGUCUCAGACCCAGAAGCCCCAGUGGUCGCCUUCGUCGAAAGAGACGCAGACAUCCAAGCAGCUGCAAAGGCCCUAGUCUCGGCUCGCUUCAGCCUGCAAGGAAAAGCACCCUACGCCCCAGAUGUUGUCCUUGUCAACGAAUGGGUCAAGAAAGACUUGCUACGCGCGCUUGUUCAGGAGAGUACCGAGUUCUUGGCUAGUUCGCCCAGUAAGUCGAGAGCCCUGAAGACUAGUCUUUCGAGGGAGGUGGAGAAGGAUGAGUCGGUGCAUGUUGUUCUUUCUGGAGCGAAUGGUGUGAUUCUUGAGGUACAAAAUAGGCAAUCGAGCUUGCUGAAGCAAAAGGUGGAGGAAACAACGCUUAUCAUUCACUCCGUCACGAGCAUGGAUGAUGCGAUCGAUACGUCUAGAGACAUUGGAUCUUUGGCUGCCGCGUAUGUCUUCACUACGCCCUCUAUGGCCAAGUAUCUAUGCCAAUUCCUCGAUACGGCUGUCAGCUUUGUGAACCAAAUUCCCACUAAGCUAUCCUACUCCCCUAUAGCCCCCCUCGGCCACCCUCCCCAAUCCGGCACCAACAACAUCUACCACUCAGACUUCUUCUCCCGGCCAAAGCCCAAGUAUCUCACCAAGACCGCAGCAGACGACAAACUGGACAAGAUCGUCGGCAACUCUUCAGCUUCGCAACUCAGUGCGCUGGACCAAGAAGCUACGGCAAAGCUUCCGGAAAUGAAACGCCCGCUGAAGGGAACGCAGCUUGGAUUCUUCGAGCAGGGUAUCGUGACUAGUCUCGUGGUUAUUCUAACAACUGUGGUGUCAGGGACUGGGUUGCUUGGAUACUACGGGACACGGUAUUUGAGAUCUUGA